AUGAAGGCGAUUCCGCAUGAUGAUAUGGUGAAAUUGCUGAAACUUUGUUCGGAAUGGCGCCAUAACCCAAAUUUGGUGAUGCAAUUUGGCAACGUGGAAGCUGAGAUUGAAUUCUUCGCUUCCCUCGUCAAAGCUGACGGCUGGCUGAAAGGAGAUCACAUUGAUUUGGGCUUGUAUCUCAUCCGGAAGCGACAACAACAGUUGGAGGAAGUAGAAAUAUCGGAUUGGACAACGACCGAUGUAUUUUUUAUGGUUCCGGCUUGUGGAUUGGAUUGGCAGAACACGUAUAAGGUGUAUGUACCUUGUAUGUUGCAAAAAUAUAAGCAUUGGGUGGCUCUAGAGAUUGAUCUGAUUCAGUGUGAAAUCAAAGUCUACGAUUCAAUGGUUUCACUUAUUCCAGAUCAGAGCUUAAAGGAAGAACUCGGCCCCCUGUCAAUUACGAUUCCAAAUCUUCUGCACACCCUCGACUUUUAUGAAGAAGGUGUUUACGCGAACGAGUGCACCCGAGAUUGGUGGUGUCCAUGGCCAAUACAUCGUGUGGAUGUUCCACAACAGGCUAAUCAAGGCGAUUGUGGUAUGUUCGUGUUGAAGUACAUUGAGCUGUUGAGUGCUGAGAUUUCCUUAGCUACUUGCACCUCGCAGAACAUGCCAUUUUUUCGGUUGAAGUUGGCUGCAGAAAUUGCACGGGGAGAUGCUUACAUGCCAUGA